AUGUUCGCGCGCUUCUUGAUGCUUCUAUCAGGAUGUGCUUUGCUAGCAAGCGUCAGCGCUAAUGCUUCAUUGAUGGAUGCAGUUAUGACGAAGAAAAGUCAAGUCUCAGACCUUGAGCACGUCGCUGAAACUGUUCAAGCCCGUCGAAAUCUGCGAGGGCUUAUUAGUUUGGACGCAAAUGAAGCCAAUACUCACGAGGAACGGAUUUUGGCGACCAUCAUCAAACCGGAUUUUAAUCCUUCAGGCUUAGUGUGGAAACUCAAAAGAAAUGAACCUGCCUUACAACCAGGGUCGCUGCAUUUUCUCUCGAAUCGACUACCAAGAUCAAAAACUAGCCAGGAGUCUCUGAUUGAGAAAACAGGGAUAGCCAGCUAUGCGAACAAGAAACAUUAA